GCUAUGCUUGGAGCUGCACCUACAAACAAAGAUGUUGUGGUUGGUUUUGAUGAAGAUAUGAUACAGAUGAGGUGUCGGCUCAUUGGUCAUGAAAGCCUAGUAUUCCUCCCAAUCGUCGGAAUGGCAGGAAUUGGUAAGUCCUUUCUUGCUAAAUAUAUUUAUGGUGAUCCAAUAAUCAUGGACCAUUUUAGUAUUCGAGCUUGGGUCACAAUAUCACAAGAUUAUAGUACAGGAAGCAUUCGCUCAAAAAUACUAGCUUGAUUCAAAGGACACGAAGCUGAGAGGCUUGAAAUUCACAAACUCUUGUUGAGGAGGAGGUAUCUCAUAGUAAUUGACAACAUGUGGAGUUUGGAAGCUUGGGGUCGCGUGCAGAUGCUAUUUCCUAACAAUUAUAAUGGAAGCCGGAUCGUAUUAACCACAAGGCUAAUGGAUGUGGCGACUUCUGCUGCUGCUGCUUCGUGCAACAUUCAUGUGAUGCGUUUCUUGGAUGACGAACAAAGUUGGCAUCUGUUCAAUCACAAUGUCUUCAGAGAUCAAGAUUGCCCAUAAAGUGUUGGGAAAAAAAUAAUAAAAGGAUGUGGAGGACUGCCCCUCUCAAUUGUUACUGUGGCAGGACUUUUAUCCAGGAUUCCUAGAACUCCAAAAAUGUGGCAGCAAAUUGAAGUAAAUGAUGGGCAGUUGGGAUCAAUAUUAUCUUUGAGUUACAACCACUUGUCUCCACAUUUGAAGGAGUGUUUCUUGUAUAUGGCAGCCUUCCCUCAAGAUUACGAGAUACGUGCCUCUGAACUCAUCAAACUUUGGGUUGCUGAGGGCUUUUUGGAAUGUCAAAAUGAAUCAGAAAUGGCGGCAGACGGGUGCUUGGAGGAUCUGAUCAAACAAAGUCUAGUUUUGAUCACUAGCCACUAGCCAGAAAAGUGAUGGAAAAAUCAAAAGUUGCAAGCUGCAUAGUACGGUGUGGGAUUUUUGUGUGAGACAGGCCGGGCCAGAGAAGUUCCUUCUUUCUGUUGAAGACUACUUCCCUAAUCUUAUCUUGAGAAGGCAUUUUCUUCCACAAGUCCUCCAAUUAAAUAAAAGAUUCCUCAUCGUUUUCUCAUUGAGUUCUUGGUUUUCCUUCGUUAAACUCAUUUCAAUCAAUUGUGUGUGUUGUCGAUCUUGCUAUUCGUUCUAUUGUUGAUCUUGACUGUGUUCGAGAUUUGAUCGCGUUACAUCAGAGUUCACAGCUGUUGGCUUGCAAUUGAAUUUUCCAGAUAAAGAAACCAUAAGGGAGGUAGCAAAAACAGCAGAAGAGAUUAUUCAAUAUCUUUUCACUCCACAAUAUCUAUCAGAUUUGGGAUCCAUAGACCCAACUCUCAGACUUUUAGAUCAAUUGGGGGAAUUGGCUGAGGAGCUCGACUCAACUGUUGGAUAUUUGGUUGACUACAUACGGCAACGGAGUGAUUUUCCUGCUGUCAGUUCAUCAUCAAGAUCUGCACUCAAGAGUGAAGUUGUAGAUCCAGUGGUUGUCAUAAAUUCAAACCGAUUGAGAAGAUUAGCCGAGAAAAUAAUGUCAACUGGCAGAGAAUUAGCAGAUGAAGAUCCCAGUGAUCCACCAUCAAUCACGACCAAAGAUGCUGCGAUUGGCUUUGCUGACAAUCUAAGUGACUCUACUGCUGCUACAUCAUCAUCAAGACCUUCAUCUACAACCAAAUAUUUUGUGGCUGACUUUGCUGAAGAUCCGAGCAAAGAUGAUUUAGUCCGUUUUGAUUACGAUAUAGCACAGAUGAUGGACCGAAUAAUUAAUUAUUCAUAUUCCAACCUACAAAUCCUCCCUAUUGUCGGAAUGGGAGGCAUUGGUAAGUCCACACUUGCUAGACUUAUUUAUGAUGAUCCAGCGAUCAUAGAGCAUUUUGAUAUUCGAGCUUGGGUCACAAUAUCACAAGAUUAUAGUAUACCAUGUAUUGUCUCACAACUACUAGCUUCGGUGAAAGGAAGAGUAGAUCGAGUUGGAAGGGAUUCGUUGAAAGGAAUCCAAGCAGAGGAGGAAGAUAUUUACAAAACCUUAUCUGGGCGGAGGUAUCUCAUAGUAAUGGACGACAUUUGGUGUGCGGAAGUUUGGGAUCGCUUACAGUUGCUAUUUCCUGACAACAAUAAUAGCAGCCGGAUCAUAUUAACCACGAGGAAAAUGGAUGUGGCUACUGCCAUAUCAUACAACAAUAUUCAUAUGAUGCCUUUCUUGGAUGACUAUCAAAGUUGGUAUUUGUUCCAACAGAAGGUUUUCGGAGAUCAAGAUUGUCCUCUUGAGCUACAAAGUGUUGCAGAAAAAAUAGUAGAAGGAUGUGGAGGACUGCCCCUCUCAAUUGUUACUGUGGCAGGACUUUUAUCCAGGAUUCCUAGAACUCCAAAAAUGUGGCAGCAAAUUGAAGUAAUGAUGGGCAGUUGGGAUCAAUUUUAUCUUUGA